AUGGCCAGAGUGCAGCAGAGAGGAAAGGAGCAAGAAAUAGGAGAGAUCCUUAAGAAACUGGACCAGUGGAUGCCCAAUGUCACUUUCAGGAACAUGAGCACCACCACCAGUGCCAAAAACAGCAAGGCCACUCUACUCAACCGCAAGGACUCUUAUUGUGUCGGGGAUCACUUGAUGGUCCGGCUGGAUGUGUACGAUCAUUUGGGGAAGAGGAAGGCGUAUGGAGGGGACUUCUUAAGAGCCAGGGUCUACUCAUCCAGUCUCAAAGCUGGAGCUUCUGGCCGCAUAGAAGACUAUCGGAACGGGACGUACCUGGUGAAUUUCACUUUAUUUUGGGAAGGGGAUGUCAGAGUUUCCAUCUUGCUCAUCCACCCUAGCGAAGGCGUUUCCGCUAUAUGGGCCACCAGGAAGAAGGGGUAUGAGAAAAUAGCAUUCACUGGCAGGUUUCUGAACGGAACCGCAGCCGUCUUCACCCCGUGUGGCUUCAAUAUCACCACCAAGGAGGAGCUGUGCGAGUAUCUCGACGAGAGGGACCAAGAGGCCUUCUACUGUGUUAAGCCGAAGGCUGUGCCGUGCGAAGCUUUCAUCCACCUAAAGUCCAACAACAAACCAGUGUCCUACCUCACGGCCUUGGAACGUAGUCUUUUUCACAG